AUGUGGGUGUAUAGAAGAAUUCUGAAGAUAUCAUGGACCGAGCAUGUAACAAACAACAAAGUCAUCAGAAGAAUCAACAAAAGAAUGGAAGUAUUGGAAACCAUCAAGACACAAAAGCUGCAAUACCUGGGGCAUGUUAUGCGUAAUGAGAGAUACAACCUAGUUCAAUUGAUUAUACAAGGGAAAAUCCAGGGCAAGAGAAGUGUAGGAAGAAGAAGAAUCUCAUGGUUGCGUAACUUGAGGGAAUGGUACGGAUGCACGGAGGGAUGUACGGAUCAAUUGAACUAUUCAGAGCAGCAGCAUCUAAGAUCAGAAUAG